UCCAUCCAUUGACCAGCUUCCCUAUCUGCGCAGCAUCAGCAUACAGACUUAACCUCACUAUCAUGUCAACUCCCUUCCAGUCUAUCGAUGCCAACACCGCCGAGAUCCCAGUGCAGCCACUCCACCCAGUCGGCAAGCAGCAAACGACCGCUGCUACACAAUCCGGUCCCAAAUCAAAUCUGGAGCACCAGCGAGACCUCCUGAGGCAGAAGCUAGCUGCUGGAGAGUCACAGACUACUGCAUCACCUACGGAUAUGCUCAUGUCGCCCUGCACGGCCAAGUUGCAGGCAAAUAAGAAUGUACACUACAAGCGGGCGAAGCCGCUCAGUCUUCAAAGCCGAUUCUCAAUGGCCUCCCAGCCGGGCGAGGCAAACAAGGAAAACAAGUGAAGAGAAAGCAAUGCUAUCACUUGAUCAGGAGAGUUUUCUGACCUCCUUUUGUCGGUGCGACGGGCGCAAUCGACCCACAGGGUGUGCUCCUUUUGACAGAGACGCUUGUAUGAACAUCUAAUAUGCGCUUUUCGCCUUUGCCUUACUUCUUUUUUGCAUGCAGAUUUCAUUCUUUUGGCCGUAGCCUCAUUCUUCGCAUGCUGACGGUCCAUGUGCCUCUCGAGUCUCGUGUCUCCUUCAGUCAAGUUUAGUGCAUCGCCGUCUCUUGUGUGCUGUCGAGAGAAUUUGGUAGUAUCCCUCGACGCUACACUUCACAGACAUGAGCUGCUAGUCUCUGCUAUGUUCAAGAAGAAGGCUACAU